AAAAAAGGUCAAGGUUACAAGCAGACGGAUUCAUAUUUCUGUUGCAGAAUGGCUGGAAUCAAACGUCCUCUUUUAACCUCAGAAGCUGCAUGGCAAAAUCUACAAAAAUAUUAUGAUGCAAAUGGAUCAAAAAUUAACAUGCCAGACAUGUUUAAAGAGGAUGAAGCCAGAUUUGAUAAAUUAAGUAUUAAUUUGCUGACUAAAAAUGGAGAGUUGCUCCUUGAUUAUUCCAAAAACUUGAUCAAUGAUGAAGUACUCAAGAUGUUAUUUCAACUGGCAAGAGACCGUAAAGUAGAAGAAAUGAGACAGGCUAUGUUUAGUGGAGAGAAGAUUAAUUUUACAGAAGACAGAGCUGUACUACACAUUGCCCUGAGAAACAGAUCAAACACACCUAUCUUAGUAAAUGACAAAGAUGUCAUGCCUGAGGUGAACAAAGUGUUACAGCACAUGAGAGAAUUUACAGAGGAGGUUAUCAGUGGAAAGUGGAAAGGUUAUACAGGAAAAUCUAUCACAGAUGUUGUAAAUAUUGGUAUUGGUGGAUCAGAUCUGGGUCCAUUGAUGGCAACAGAAGCUCUACAACCAUACCAGAAAGGACCCAAUGCUCACUUCAUAUCAAACAUUGAUGGUACACAUUUAGCAAAGACCUUGAAGAAUCUAAAUCCAGAAACAACUUUGUUUAUUAUUGCUUCAAAAACCUUUACCACACAGGAAACAAUAACAAAUGCUGAGUCAGCAAAAGCAUGGUUUCUGGCCGCUGCUAAAGAUAAAAGUGCAGUAGGAAAACACUUUGUGGCUCUGUCAACUAAUGUUACAUUGGUUAAAGCUUUUGGAAUCAAUGAGAAGAAUAUGUUUGAAUUCUGGGAUUGGGUUGGAGGCAGGUACUCCUUGUGGUCAGCAAUUGGUAUGUCUAUAGCAUUAUUUAUAGGAAUGGAUAAUUUUGAAGAAUUACUCGCUGGGGGACAUUUUAUGGAUCAGCAUUUCUGCACAGCUCCUUUAGAACAAAAUGUACCAGUUAUAUUAGCUUUACUUGGUAUAUGGUAUAGUAACUUCUACAAAGCUGAAACUCAGGCACUUCUUCCGUACGAUCAGUAUAUGCAUAGAUUUGCAGCUUACUUCCAACAAGGUGAUAUGGAGAGUAAUGGUAAAUACAUCACCAGAAAUGGACAACGUGUGGAUUAUUCCACUGGUCCUGUUAUCUGGGGGGAGCCAGGAACCAAUGGUCAACAUGCAUUCUAUCAGCUUAUACAUCAAGGAACAAGGCUUAUACCCUGUGAUUUUAUGAUGCCAGUAGAAACCCAGAAUCCUGUACAAGAAGGCAAACAUCAUCAAAUUUUGAUAUCCAAUUUUCUGGCCCAGACAGAAGCUUUAAUGAAAGGAAAGUCUAAAGAUGAAGCUCUAGAGGAACUGGUAGAGGCAGGAAUGGGUGGAGAAUCUUUAGAAAAUAUAUUGCCUCACAAGGUUUUUGAAGGAAAUCGUCCCAGCAAUUCCAUAGUAUUCCAGAAAUUAACACCUUUUAUGCUAGGUGUGCUGAUAGCUAUGUAUGAACACAAAAUAUUUGUACAAGGAACAAUCUGGGACAUCAACUCAUAUGAUCAGUGGGGUGUUGAAUUGGGCAAACAGCUUGCUAAAGCCAUCCAACCAGAACUGAAGGACAAAGACCCAGUCUCAUCACAUGAUUCCUCUACAAAUGGACUUAUAAAUUUCAUUAAGAAAAAUAGAAAAUAGACAAACAUCUUCUAAAUAGUAUAUUAUUCUGUCACUGCUCUGUGAUCCUGAUCUGUAUGAAUAUUAUGAAGCUGUUGUAGAUAUUUAACACAAAAUUGUUCUACUAAAACAUGUAAGACAGAAUGGCCGCAAUUGGUGCAUUGGAUUGUUGUCUUUAAAGAAAUCAAUCUGAGUAUAAAUACCAACCAAAAAUCUUUAACAGUAUCUUUAUGUUGCCCCCAUCUUAAAGCUAUCUUUCUUGUGUAUUGUACUUUGUUAAUAUUUAUUUAAGUAAGAUCUGUUUUUGUUUUAUUUAUUUUUGCCUUUUACAUUUCAUUUGUAUUUUAAAUAUAGUAUUUGUAGUGAUUUUUUCUCAAAUUUUCUAUACUCUGUUCAAUUUGAUUGGGUAAAAUAAUUAUGUAUAGCAUAAUAUUAUAUUCAUUAUUUGACUUAAAAAUAUAUUAAUCUGCUUAUACAUGUAUCAAAAAAUUUCACCAAAAUAUAAAAAAAAAAAUGGUAUAGUUUAACUUAAGAGAUCCAGUACUACAAAUGGCAAAAUACUGUUAUUAAUCUUAAAGUGUCUCUGAACACCUUGCACUUAAUUUUCAUAAAAUUUUUACAAAAUAUUUGCUAUGACCCUUUGACAAAAAAAAAAUCUUCUGCAAUUGUUUAUUGAUAAAUAUUAAUGAAAUUUUAUUUCCAGACGACAUUUUUUUUUUUUCAACAUGCUUUGUAAGAGUUGAUAUUAAAAUGGAUGUAGAUAAACUUCAGCAUUAACUAUUUCAAUGUUUUGCAAUUUGUUGAAUCUUCUGCUUGGGUAUUAGUGCCAUAUAAUUGUUUUUGUUUACUUGAUAUGGAAUGUUACUAGUAAGCUCUUUGUAUGAGGAAUACAAUAAAUAUUGAAUUGUU